GCAAGGACACCAGUCCAGUGGCAAGACCUUUGGUGGGAUUGCCCGGCCAGUCUGAAGACCCAUCUGACCCAGCCCACCUGCUGCAGCCCAGUGCCUGACCAUGACCGUCACCUACUCCAGCCAAGUGGCUAAUGCCCGCUUAGGCUCCUUCUCCCGCCUGCUGCUGUGCUGGCGAGGCAGCAUCUACAAGCUGCUCUACGGUGAAUUCCUCAUCUUCCUGCUCAGCUACUACACCAUCCGCUUCAUUUACAGGAUGGCCCUCACGGAGGAACAGCAGGUGAUGUUCGAGAAGCUGAGUCUGUAUUGCGACAGCUACAUCCAGCUCAUCCCCAUUUCCUUCGUGCUGGGCUUCUACGUGACGCUGGUCGUGACCCGCUGGUGGAACCAGUACGAGAACCUGCCGUGGCCCGACCGCCUGAUGAACCUGGUGUCGGGCUUCGUGGAGGGCAGGGACGAGCAGGGCCGGCUGCUGCGGCGCACGCUCAUGCGCUACGCCAACCUGGGCAGCGUGCUCAUCCUGCGCAGCGUCAGCGCCGCCGUCUACAAGCGCUUUCCCAGCUGCCAGCACCUGGUGACAGCAGGCUUCAUGACCCCCGCGGAACACAAGCACUUAGAAAAAUUGAGCUUGCCUCACAACACGUUCUGGGUGCCCUGGGUGUGGUUUGCCAACCUGUCAACGAAAGCUUGGACCAGAGGUCGAAUCCGGGAUCCUGUCCUGCUCCAGAGCUUGCUGACCGAGAUGAACACCUUGCGGACGCAGUGUGGACAACUGUAUGCCUACGACUGGAUCAGUGUCCCGCUGGUGUACACGCAGGUGGUGACCGUGGCAGUUUACAGCUUUUUCCUGGCUUGCCUGAUUGGGCGGCAGUUUCUGAACCCAGCCAAGGCCUACCCUGGCCAUGAGCUGGACCUCGUUGUCCCUGUCUUCACAUUCCUGCAGUUCUUCUUCUAUGCUGGCUGGCUGAAGGUGGCAGAGCAGCUCAUCAACCCGUUUGGAGAGGAUGAUGACGACUUUGAGACCAACUGGAUUGUUGACAGGAGCCUGCAGGUGUCCCUGUUGGCUGUGGACGAGAUGUACCGGGACCUGCCCCCACUGGAGCGGGACAUGUACUGGAACGAUCCAGAACCACAGCCCCCCUACACAGCGGCUUCUGCCCAGUCUCGCCGACCCUCCUUUUUUGGCUCCACCUUCAAUAUCAGUCUACAUAAGGAAGAAAUGGAGUUCCAGCCAAACCAGGAGGAGGAGGAGGAGGAGGAGGGUGCUCACAAUGGCAUCAUCGGCCGCUUCCUGGGGCUGCAGUCCCACGACCACCUCCCCAGGACAAGCUUAAAGACCAAACUACUAUUGCCUAAGAAGGAAGUCCUUCUCCAUGAGGGCCAGCCAGAUAACCUCGGGGGCGUCAGGAAGAGCUGUAGGGACCAGGGAGAUAGGAAGGCCUGGAAGAUGAAGGGAGAGGAUGCCUUUAAGUUCGCUGCACUGUAUGAGAGGUCAGGCUACCACAGUGCCCCACAGACACCUCUCAGCUCCACCCCGAUGAUAUUCCCACCAGCUCCCUCAAGUCCUCCCAGAGUCGCAGGCGUAGACAGCACUAUCAAAGACCAAAGCCUACAGCCUGGGACUCCUGGGACUAAGAAGAGCUUUGAAUUGCUCCCAGUGUGUCCCGGGGCCUCGAUGGAGCAUCUGGAAUUGUGUCACAUCAAGAAAAAAACUGUGGAGUUUAACCUGACCGACAUGUCAGAGGCCCCUGAAAGUCAUCUCAGGGAACCACGUCUACCAUCAACAAGCAACGUGCACACUAUACUCCAAGAUCACAAUCCUUACUGGGCCUUGGAAAACAGGGAUGAAGUACCUUCCUAGGCUGUUUCCCAAGGGGGAUGCUUCACCAGCCUGGUCCCAC